GCGCAUUUGUGACUUCGUUAUCGGUUUGGUGUUCGACUGCAACUUCGUUGGUACGCUAUCUAAUUUUGACGAAUCCUUACCGUUAUAAAAAUAUAUUUUAAAAUAAAUAGUUAAAAUAUGGCAGACAAAUACGAUUCAAACGGCGAUUAUUCUGGAGGUGACUUUAAGCGUAAGGGGUCAGUAGAUAAAGUAAAUUCGAUGGACGAGGACAAUGACGACCAAAAUCCGGCAGCCCAAAAAGCCGGUGAAUACAUACGGGAAUUAUUGGCCGAAAAAUUGUUACUUGAUCAAAACAAAUUACCAAAUGCGGCGCGUCUUAUCGAUAUGGAGGUAGCACGAGUGCAAAACAUAGGGAAAGUUCCAAUAAGAGAAACCAAGUAUGUUGACAUCUACAGGGAGAAACCUAUGAAAGUUGCUGUAAAAGUGUUGGUACCCGUCAGAGAACACCCAAAGUUCAAUUUUGUUGGAAAGCUUUUGGGUCCUAAGGGAAAUUCUAUGAAAAGACUGCAAGAAGACACAAUGUGUAAGAUGGCCGUUUUAGGACGAGGUUCGAUGAAAGAUCGUCAGAAAGAGGACGAACUCCGAAAAUCCCUUGAUCCUAAAUAUGCUCACCUUUGUGACGAUCUUCAUGUAGAGAUCUCCGCUUUGGGGCCACCUGCCGAGGCUCAUGCUAGAAUUGCUUUUGCCUUGGCAGAAGUAAGAAAGUAUUUAAUUCCCGAUAACAACGAUAACAUAAGGCAAGAGCAAAUGAGAGAAAUGGAAAUUAUUACUUCGGCCGAUCCCGCUCAUCCUACCCAUAAGGAAGGUCCUCCACCGACCAAACGUCCGACUGCAAUUUUGAGGACUGCACCUGCUCCACGCCCUCCUGUUCCAAUGCGCACUGCUACUCGAAUGCCCGUCUCCACACCGCGUGUAAUGCCAGCAAAGACUAAAAUUAUGUCUAUACUUGAUCGCGCACGUAUUGCCAUGGAGGAAAGUUAUGGAGGACCCUACGAGGAGCCAUACGAACCAAAUGAGCCGGCCUAUGAUUCCUACCCGACAACAGUGAGUCACUCUCGAUCCACCUAUUCCAGUCACCACUAUAGUCCUCAAGAAUACGAACCAGAGUAUUAUCGUGAAGGUUCUGCUCCAUACGAAGAAACAGAGAGUACAAAAUAAGUAGAUUGAAUUGUUGAGUAAAAGAAUCUCACUUUAUAAAUCUCGAAAUAUGAAAACUAAGGAGAAUUAUGUCAAAACAGAAGGUAUAAGCAGAGAGAAGCAUAAGAGAUGGUAGAAGAGUGGAAAUUACAUUAAACAGGUGAAAUGGACAGGAGCAAGUUACCUUAACCACAGCAAAAAUAUCAUAAGAAAUAUACAGUGCGUUUAUCUUAAACUGGAACAUACGAUUUUGCAUGCAAUGGUGUUUCCCUAUGUUCCAUUUUAGAAAAUAACGCAUCAACCUAUGGGAUAUGUGCGAGUCACAACUGAACCUUUAAUUAUUUUUAGGUUAUGUAGGAUACUGGACUGCAAGUAAAUCGCGGACUUGUCUUGCACUGUUGUGACCUUUGUAUAAAUUUAUAAUUUCAAUUUUCAUCUCUAGACAGCAUUUUUUAAAUUUAUCUGCAGGAUGGUAGAUUUGAAGGUGACAGUUGUACAUUGCACCUACUACCCAUUUGAACUACUGUAGGUUGACGCUUUUUUUUUUAAUGGAACGUAGGAAAAUAACAUUGCAUCAAAAAUUGUAUGUUCCAGUUUAAGAAAACGCACUGUAUAUUUCAACUUGAAAAAAUUUACCACAAAGGUUUCUUUGUGGCAAAGUGUUUCGUGUCACAAUUCUGUUAAAAUUGCUAUUUUUUGCGAAUAUUCAAUGUUUAUUUUGAUUAUUUAGGGUGUUCUAGAUUACACGUUGUUAGUGUUGACACUUCACUUGAAUUUCUCCAUCAGCCUUUACAGCCCGGUAAACGGCUAAGUAUGUACAGUAAUGUAUGGUAUGGAUAGUCCAAACAGAGAGGUGGCAGAACCGUUUGGAGGACCAUGUUUCAGGAGUACAGAAUUCAUAAUAAAUGAUAUCUAUAAUUCGAACACGUUUGGUUUAUAGGUACCAUACCAUACAUACAGGGUGUUACAUAUAUGUAUGUAAAAUAAAAUUGGGUGGAGAGGGGAUCAAAACAAGCACUAUUAAUAAUAAUAAUAAUAAUAUUUAUAUAUUUAUACAGUAAAUAUUUCCACAAGUCACAGUAAGGAUAUUACCAAAUAACCUGAUGGUCCAAUGUGUUUAGUUUGAGCGUCACCCUCAAAAAACUGGUAAAAUUUCUUCUUUUAUUUUUUUCUUAGCAACCAUAAGAAUUACAAAGACUGGUGGCAUAUCUUAAGUAAUUACCAUGACAAAUUGGCUUUGUUUGGGUUCUGCAUUCAACUGAGAUGCAAUGUUGUUAUCUAUAAUUGUUUCUUCGUCAACCUCACUUAGAUCCGAACUCAUAUCACUGCCACAUUUAUGAAGCAUAUGUAAUUUAGACCACGAAUUAUGUACCCAGUCCUGGGAAACACAUCUCUUUAUCUCAUCAUCAGAUAAAAAGGUUUCGGAAUUACAAUUACUCUAGUCAAAAUCCUGGUGUACCUCUCUGGGAAACACAAAUUUUCCUGACAAUUCAGUAACUACAUCGUUAAUGUAGGUAAGUCCUGGAUUUUAUGGAUGUGCUAAAAUUAACUAUGGUAGAGGAGGCGGAGGUUAGGGAUCUAGUUUGUCUGAAUAUUUGCUCACAUAGCUGUGAGCUAAAAUGCCAUUUAGUAAACAUAUCUUUGUUUUUAUCACGGACUAAGUUAUUGACUUUAAUUUUUACAUUAACCUCAUAUGCGUUUAACAAGAUAAAAUUGUCUGUGGUGUUCCAUUGACUUGAUGAUAAUAACCAAUAACGCCACAGAAUGUGUUCUGAAAAGAAUCACAUACCAUUUUCAUUAUUUUUAAGUACUCGAUAGUCAUUAAUGAAAAUUUUUAAAACGCUAACGGAGCCAAUUUUUUUCGCAGCGUUGUAGUUCAUGUGUCAUCGGCCUUUAAGCCUGAUAAAAUAAGAAGAUGGUUAUUUUUACUGUGAUUAGCAAUAAUAUCUUCCAAAUCGUUUCUAGAUGCGGAGAAAUCACUCAUUACCGCAGUUUUUGUGAUUCUCUAUAAAUUUUUAAAAAGAGAGUUUUUAAUUUUGUUUAAAUAUGUACAGCACCACUACCACCAUUGCGAUCUCCGUAACGGUGAGAGAUAAAGUGUUGCCCUUUUUGUGACUAAAAAAACGCAAACGAAAUUCUUUGAAAAUAACUGAGAUAUCGCAGAAAAACAGAAAAUGUCAAAUUUCAUUUUCCCUAACUUUAAGAGUUCUGUACGUAAAAGCAACUUUUUAGCGCAUUUUUGAUAAAAAUACGCUAAUAUAUUCAUUAUGGUUAGCUGGCUGGCUGUUUGGCUGAGAUCUCGGCAAUUACAAUAGCUAGAGACUUCAAAUUUUCACUAAAAUCUUUCUGUUAUAGUGUAGAAGUGCAGGCUCUAGUCUAUUUUGAGUUAGAUUACUCAUGAGAUAGAUAAUUUUAAACUUCGCUAAUAAAAUACUGAUCGGUAUUACCAAAAAUGCACUUUCAUCAUGCAUAUGCUGAUUUACAACUUGUUUACAUUACAGUGUAUAGAUGAUUAUAGUAAAUGCAAACAUUUGCUAGAGACAAGAUGGUAUUCUUGCUUUGUCAACUCCUAUCUUGCUCCUUAGUGAGUUCCCGCCGACACUGUGCGGCACCGCCACUUCUACACUCAAAUUGUUUAUUUACCGCCCGCCAA